GGGAUUGAACCAAGGUCCUUGUGUAUUUGAGGCAAGCACUCUACCAACUGAGCUAAAUCCCCAACCCUAGAAUGUAAUAUAUUUAAAAUUUUUUUCAAACAUGAUUCUGAAAAUAUAGGUCUGUGAUCUAGCUCAAGAUAAUGCAAGAGAACACAAGACUUCUCUCCACAUGACACUUGCUCCGUUAUGCUAUGCUGAAUGGAGAGGCAUUAAAAUGCAGAUGCAAAACAGCACUAAGAACACUGCUAUUUCUAGUAAAUGAAUGGGAUGGGAGAAUAAUUUGUUGCUUGGAGAGAGUAAGCAGAGAAUUUAUUUGACUAGGAAAUGAUGACUGGAUCACAAUUCAGAGACUGGGUCCCAGUUCUGCCACCAGCCAGCCAUAUGGCCUUGGCCAAGUUGCUUAGCAGCCUCAGUUUCUCAUCUUCAUGGGGAGAACAAUCGGUUCACCUCUUGCCCUUACGAUAGAGAAACUAGGCAGUUCCCUGGAAAUGCUUAGCAAGUGUCCAAGGGUAAGUCCCUCUUUAUUUUUUUUAAUAUUUAUUUUUUAGUUGUAGUUGGACACAAUACCUUUAUUUAUUUAUUUAUUUUUAUGUGGUGCUGCGGAUCCAACCCAGGGCCUUGCGUGUGCUAGGUGAGCACUGUACCACUGAGCCCCAGCCCCAGCCCGGUAACUCCCUCUUUCUGCUCCUUUUAUUGCUUCUUCUACCAGAACAGCUUACCUGGCUUUUUUUUAAACAACCAUUUAAAUGAAAAAUUGGCCUCUGACCUUCCCCAUUAGAAAGGCAUUAAAAAUAAUGAACAAAAUGAAAAUUUCUGUGGACUGAUUGAGCAUGGUGGUACACACCUGUCAUCCCAGCUGCUUUGGAGGCUGAAGCAGCCUCAUACAGCUAGUGAGACCCUGCCUUAAAAAAAAAAAAAAAAAAAAUGGCUAGGGGUGUAGCUCAAUUGUAAAGCACCACUGGGUUCAAUUCCCAGUACCAGAAAAAAGCAAAUUUCUGUGGACCUGCCAACACUGGGCAGAAACACAUUGGCUAUGAAUUGCGGUCUCUGUUACUGUGAGCAGUUUGUUGCAGACAUCCAUGAGGAAGUGGCAGAACCUCUCUCUCGGGCCACUGUCACCUAUCGGCUGAACACCACUCUCCUCAGCCCAUGGCAUUUAGUGGAGUUGGGGGGCUUCAUGUCUCAGUGGCCAAGAGGCCUGGAAUGGGCCUUUCGUGUCUUCUCAGAGAUGUGCAUGGCCUGUCCCAUGUCCUCCACUCCCUGUCCCCAUGCUGACCAUGUCAUGGUACACAAGAGAUGUGUGAGCCAAAGCUAGCCACUAGCCUGGCUACCAGCUUUACACCAACCUGUCCGAAAGUUGUAUAUUCACACUUCUUAGCUGGCUUCAUAGUACUAAAUAGCUAUUGCUUGUUAAGUGCUUUUAAUAGUUGGCCCUGCACUGAGCUCGAGUCUCACCUCAGAGUUUCACAGGGCAGCUGCAGAGGAGCCACAGUGUCAGGGAGCUCUUUCCUGGGCACCUUACCUUGUUAGUGUCCUUUAACUUUCAUGUAGUUGACAAAUGAAUAUGGGCUGCUUGCUAAGUCACAGCACCCUUGGCUAAAUUCUGGAGGUUAAACCAGGAGGAAGUUACUGCCAGGGUGAGAGGCAUACCAAGGCCACUGGUGUAGGGAAGAGGCAAGGAGGGCAUCAUCAGAAGCGGGCCUAGGGAUGCUUCAGCAAGGCAGGGUGCUGGGUUACGAGUUUGCUUGGCCUGGAUGCCUAGCUCACUUGCACUUAUUGGAAUGGGUGGCCAAAAUUCUUUCAGUGGCACAGUCACCUCAGAUUAUUCCUGUCACUUAAUCUGACAUAGUAAACUAUUCAAGGUGAGUUGGUCUUGGACCCAUCCGAGGGGGCUAUUAGGAGAGACGCCUGAGAGUCUCAGCAUCUGUUAUAACACAAUAGCCCUGUAGCUGAGUUUCUGCAUGACUAACAAGCUAGACCUGUUCCACCUAAGGAGUUUCCUAGUCUUUCAAUUUAUUUGUGGUAUCUGUUCUAGAAAUCGGUUCCCAGGGUAUUGGUCCUGUGAAUAACCUUAGAAGUUGGGAUUGGAUAGAUAUAUAAUGCACACUUUGUAGAACUUUCAAAAGAAAUAUUGAAAAUGUUAUUUUUUAAAAGGAAAGAAAUAGUUGUGUUUUCUUACAAUUUGUGUCCAUGAGAAAUUGUUCUGAUAACUUUAGAAUUCAGGUAAGAUUUAUGAGAUAUUUUGUUUGCAUGUAAAUGUUAUUAAGUAGCAUACAAGUCGCUUGUUACUGGCACUUUACACUUCUUGUAAAGCAAUUGAAAAUGCUUUACAUUUCAAAGGAUUUUUUUAAGUAUAUAUGUUGUAUGACCAAAAGGAAUUUAAUAGGUGUUUCCAUUCUUGACAAAAAUUUGAGUCAAGUUAAUCUGAAAAUAAGAUAAUCUUUUGUAUUAUUCAUGUAUUCGUAGCAAUAUUAUUAGUAUAUAAUUUUUUUUCCUGGAAGAGUAUAUCAUAAGAAACUCAAUAACUGGGGCCAACUGACCCAAAUUCUCUAACAUAAAAUGCAUUUUAACUUUGGGGAAAUUCAUAAAAUAUUAAUAUUUGAGAGGAGUCAGUUGAGUAUGAGACCUUUGUGUUCAAGUUAUCUUUCAUUAAACUCCUGGACAUUGCAUCUUGUGCAGUAGCGCCAUCUGCUUUCAUGAACACAGAAUUGCUAUGAGAGGGGGCUGGUUUAUGUUCACAGGCCGCCCAUGCACUACAGAUGAAAAUGUCUUUUCAAAUGAAAAGUUUACAUUAGGCCACAUCAUCUUUACUUAGUAAUUUUAAAUUUGUACGCUAGUUGAUAGUAUUUUAAAACAAACCCUGUAAGUGUUAUAACACGAAAUUGAUUGUCAAAUAUAACUUGAAGUAGCAGGAAAGCCUCGUCAUUAGUGAUAUAACAUCAAUAGUAACUAAUAAGACACUUGACUUUAAUUUUUUAUCACAAAAAAAACAAAAUUAUUUUUUAUUCAGUGAGUUAGUAUUGAUUUUUUAUUUUGGUCUCAAAUGACAAGGCUUUCUGAUUUUUUUUUUUUUAUUGUGAAAUGCGUAUCUCUUCUGACAUCUGACAAACAGCAUACAAAAGUCCUUUUAUUUACCAGUAAUAUGUUUGUAAAAAGUUGUUAAGUGCAAAUGAAUGUGUUUCCUCCCUUUUUACAUGUCAACGUCGUAAACCAACCGGUAGUCUUGAUUCGCCCCCAAACUUGGGUAUGUGUCUUUAUUUACUUCAUGGCUGGGGCUUAAAAAUACUUUUGUAGGCUGAGUGUGUGUGCAGAGCAUCCUGGCAUUGGUACAAUACUUCUAAACAAACCUGUGUGUGUAACUUAAGAGACUGAACUUAAAACAACACAAUGCAUGUUAUUGAUGUGUGUUUUCUGCCUCCUACAGUGACGGGCCAUACUCAGGACACACGAUUGCAGACAUUGAUACGAGGACUUUGAGUACAAAGCAACCAAUGUCUGUUGUUUUCAGACAACAUAUUGCUAAGCUGUUAUAAGGCCAAAAAUGUGAAUCUCCCUUGAGUCUUUCAAAUUCUAAUUCAAACGUUACUCUUACCACCAGGAAGACAGUCCCCACACUGAGAGAUAAAAGCUGUGCUGGCUUAUUUCCACAUGCAGUCAGGCAGACCCGCUUACUCUUCUCUGCCCUGUCACUUAGUCCUGAGGUGAUUUUCAGAGAAGCCCAGAGAUAAUGCUGUGCUCUCUAAUCUUUCCCCUUCUUCCCUCUGAUUUCUGCACUACUGUUUUAAUAAGCACACUGGCCAUUUGGACAGCUUCUGUAGCAACACAUUUAUUAGGAGAUGGUCGUAUUUCCAAAUUUAAAGCCAUAAACACUACAAACUUUAGACAUCAGUACAGUUUUGUGAGUUCACCUCUGACAUUAAAUACUAAUGAUGUUGCUUUGCACAUCCAGAUGGGAGCAUGCUAGAGAAAAAAUCCAAGAUGUCCACAUCUGAAUUGAUACAUAGACAUCAUCCUGAGAUCAGAAAUAAUGUCUUUUGGUUGGGAAUCAGUGAUGGGGAAGUAAUCCUGCUGGCACAGCUAAUCGGAACCUAGCCAAGCAAAGCUUUUUUUCACACUGACGAGGAAGUAGCAUCAGAUGGAAUGGUGCCCUGUCUGUCAUAUCAACAGCACUACCCGUGUGGUAAAUUUUAAAACCACCCACUGGUAAGGGAGUGUUGGCAGUGAUCAGAGCCGGGCAGAGCCCUCGUCCCCAUGCUCAGCAUGUGCACAGGGAAGGCCCUGAGUGUGUGGAGCAUUGGCCCUCUGGGCACUUUGCCCAGCUUGCAGUUGUGUAGACAACACUGUCUUUUAGUGGUGGUGCAUUGGUUGCAGCAGCCACAUCCCAGCAUGCCAUGCACAACUCCCCACCUGAGGAGAGACCAGACACAACUGCAAAGGAGCUGCCUAAAUCAUGAUUUGUGAUUGGACAGAAGUUAAGACAAAGACUUUUAAGAAAAUAUUAAUUCUUAUUGAACCUAGAUUAUCAAAUUUAUUAUUUUUUAUGUUGAUCUCUAUAGCAGCAUUUAACCUUCUCAGCUUAGAGCUACUGAGAUGUAAGUAUUGCUUUGCAGCCUAAAUCCCAAAAUUGGUAGGUGAUUUAGCCGUGCAUACGAUGGCUCCUAUGUAUUCGUAUCAGCUCAGAGAGAGUGUUAGCAGUUUUUCUGCCCAGCUAACAUGAACAAGAAGAUUCAAAAAUAGAAAAUGAUGUAUGCACAUGGCUGCUGAUUAAGCACUGUGAUAGCAAAAGACUUGAAAUGACUCAGUUAAUUGGGCAUUAGUAGCAAAAACUACCAUAAAAAUACAUUGCUACGCAGAUGCAAAAUACAAUGAUGACAUCUCUAAGCUGCUAGAGAGUUAUAGUGAAAAAAGUUAUACAUAUAAGAGUGUGGUAAACAAAUUUUGUAUAGUAAGAAGAGAAAGUAUACUUAUAUUUUCAGAAAUAAACAAUGGAAAGAUAAUUUUAAACUUAAUAAUAAUGAUUACCUAUGGAUUGGAGAGAGAGCUGGAGCCAUGGAAUAUGAAAAGAAACCUAGAUCUCUGCAUGAUGAUAUUUUAAGUUUGAACUAGGAGAGACCUAACCUGCCGCAUGGCUGCUGGUUGCUCAGAGUCUCCGCAGCCGAAGGCGGCCUCCGAGGCGCCGGUGGUAGGAACAGUCGGCGUCCUGCCUUGCUUAGAGCUGCCCACCUAUGCAGCUGCUUGUGCUCUGGUGAACAGCCGCUACUCCUGUCUGGUGGCCGCGCCGCACCGACGGCACAUCGCCCUGUCGCCCCGCUACCUUAACCGGAAACGCACCGGUAUCCGAGAGCAGCUGGAUGGGGAGCUCCUGUGCUAUUCCGAGAGUCUUUUAGGUGUCCCUAUUGCAUAUGAUAACAUCAAAGUUGUGGGUGAACUGGGAGAUAUAUAUGAUGAUCAAGGACACAUUCAUCUUAACAUUGAAGCUGAUUUUGUUAUUUUCAGCCCUGAACCUGGGCAAAAGCUUAUGGGUACAGUUAAUAAAGUGUCUUCUAGCCACAUUGGCUGUUUGGUACAUGGGUGUUUUAAUGCUUCAAUCCCUAAACCUGAACAGAUGUCAGUUGAGCAGUGGCAAACCCUGGAGAUAAACGUGGGUGAUGAAUUAGAAUUUGAAGUAUUUCGUUUAGACUCAGAUGCUGCUGGAGUAUUUUGCAUUCGAGGAAAAAUAAAUAUUGCCUGUUUGCAGUCCAAGCACCCUAAUGUUUCUGAAGAAGUAACAGAAACUCUAACUGAAGAAUCUGUUGAAAAAAUUCCAAAGAAAAAGAAAAAGAAAGAUCCAGAAAUUUAUGAAGUAAAUGAUGGUGUCACAGAGCCAGCAGAUUUUACAGGUAUCACUCCAAAGGAAGAGGAAGAGCUACAGGUUAGUAAUGACAUGAAUGGCCUCUGUGAGGAAGAGCCAAAGAAAAAGAAGAAGAAGAAGAAGCACCAGGAAGAUCAGGAUCCUAUUUUUCAGUGCAGUGACUCCAGUGGUUACCAAAGUGACCAUAAAAAGAAAAAAAAAGAAAAGAAAACAUAGUGAAGAGGCUGAACUUACACCAGUUCUGGAAUGCUCACCUAAGAAGAAACAAAAAAGUAAUUAGUGCAUUUUAAAUAGGAUAGUUGAUAAAGGAGUUUUGAAAAAUGUUUAUGUUGUGCUGGGUGUGGUGUUACACAUUUGUAAUCCCAACUACCCAGGAAGCUGAGAGGUCAGUCUGGGCAACUUAGUGAGACUUUGUCUCAAAAAGAGCUGGGGAUGUAGCUCAGUGCUAGAUAGUGCUCCUGGGUUUAAUCCCCAGCACUAUAAAAUAAAAAGGCAUAUGGAUACCAGUAAUUUAUAAAACAGGGAACACUUGAUUAGGAAUUGGAGGGUUUUUGUGCUAACUGGCUAAUUUGGAUAGGACCCAUGUUAUUAAAUUGCCAUUUUAUUGUAGACAAAAUAAAAUGGUAAGAGCUACUCUCAUUCUCAACGCUUGCAUUCUUCCAGAUGUUAACUUUCCACAUAAAAUUUUCUUUGCAUGCUGAAGAUUAGCAGACAUACUCUAUAGUACAAUGUUAUUGCUAUCAUUAAGGAACAAGUUUGGGAUUUCCCCCUGCUCUGAUAAUAGGUGUCACCUUUAGUCAUUUUAUGCUGUUUUGCUUAUUUUGUUUUCUUUAAUCACAGCGGUUAGUGUUUCUGUUGUUUAACUUAAAAAAAUUAUUUGCCAAAGGAGCUUCUGAAAUGUCUAGAACCCUUGAGUACCAUGCCACUGUCGACUGGUACAUAACAGUAUUUACUAUACUCUCCUUUGAGGUGUGUGUGUGUUUUAAAUUCUGAAAAUUGAUGGAAAGUGCUCUUACCUUGUACUUGUUUAUUUGUGCCUCACUUGUGUUGAAGGAAGAAAGUAGAUGAAGAUAGGAUAAAUACAAUACUGACCAGUGGCAAAUUUCUUGAUUACUUUUUAUUUGUUGAAGUAGGCCAUAAGAAUUGUUUUAAAGAGGAGAUUAAGAAGAUGUUGAUGUUUUGUGACUUACUGGAAAACAGUAAUGAAAUGAGAACUGUUUGAGGCUGAUAAUCAGUAUGUGUCUGUGCAUUUAUUUUACCAGUGCUGUAAUGGAAAACAAGGUAAAUAAAUGUAGUUCCUUCCCUCA